UUGAACGAAUCGAAAGCAUUGUCGAUCGACAAGGUGCUGGCGAUGUUGUGGCUUGCAGGAUAUUUUCAAGUUUUCCUGGUGGUUUCAAGAUUCGUAUUGAACUUUUUGAACUUCGUCCCAGCUUCUGUAUGCCUUUACUACUCAACACCUACAGAAAACUGCAAAGUUCGCAACCAAUCGCACACCAUACUCGGCCGACAAGAGGUCAGCACGAGAGUGAACACGGUAGGAGCCUUGCUGGAAGAUGUCAACUCGCUGCUACUCAUUUCAGCCAUAUUCUCUUGGAAACUGUUCAAGGUGAAGAGGUACUUUCGCGCAGUCGUUCGCGUUGGACACUUCUGGGUUUGGUGCUUGUUCUGCAUCACAAACUCCCUUUCGAUUCUGUACGUGGAUACCGUCCACGGAAAGGACAAGACGGGAAAUAUUAACGUCAGCGCAGUAGCGCUUAUGACAGAAAUGUUUCUUCUCACUUUAUUCGCGAGUGCUAUCAACUUCAUCGGACACGAGACCUACGUGAAGUGGGUCGAGGACCGAUUCUGGGACCAGCUCACCGUACAGCGCCUAUUCAAACCGCUCUUUCGUGUCGUUCUGUGCGCGUACUUCUUCCGCAAUCUUGGCCUGUUUCUUUACGAUACGGCCCUCGUCUCCAUGAGCAUUUCGCUGUUAAACGGGAGACAAGUGGAAGGGUCACGUGACUGGGACAGCCUGCUUUUGUUGCUGAGUGCCGCGUUCCGAGGAAGCUUCACAAAGUUCUUCUUUGAAAAGAUGUUUCAAGGGCAAAGUCUUCCCCCGGUGUGUGAGAAAGAGGCUGUGGAGACUUUACUGGGGCCUGAGUUACAAAGAGAUCAGCUUGGUGGCUAUCGAUGGAUAGAAGCAUCAUCCGAACAUAGUUUAACUUAGUCAUUACUUCCAAAGGCAGAAUGGCGGGCAUGUCUAAACGUACAAUAAACAAAGUAUUACCAAAGUGAUGACCCAAACAAUACGACAAUUGACACCGCUCAGUAAAUUACUGAAAGUUAUGCACCCUAGGCCUGUUAGUAAAUUAACCACUUGAAAGUAUUUAAACCCUUUGCAGUUACGACCCUCUUUAAGUACAGACCUUCUUAAGAAGUAACAACUGAACCCUCUGAAAAUGUUCCGCAUCCUUUGGUUAUACUGUCUCCAUGCCGAAACUACUGAGCGAGUAGUCCUGGAUUAAGUGUAUGCCAGGCCAUUUUAGCCUACAUAUGUUUAUAUUAACAAAUUGUUUUACCCAUAAACCAGCUUAUUGAGGUUAAACAACUUACACGUUUCCUGGUUUAAACCAAAAUAUGGCAUAAUUUAACAUUAUUUGUAGUUAGGCUUUCGGUUAAUAUCAUGUCCAUUACCAUUUAAACUUCAGUUUAUUUUUUUUUUUACCACUGAAAGCAAUGAUAGAGCUUAGAAGUAGAGUGAAGUAAUUCAUCUCCCUCGGUGGGUCGUAAUCCGUUGACUAGUACAUAAUUAAGGCUUAGAC